AUGUCAAGCCACCAAGUGAACAACAGAUCAGCUCAACAUGCUAGAGGAGAAGAUCCAAUUACAAACCCCUCAGAAAUCCCACCGCCGUCAGCCUCAUCAGUAGGAGGCCAACCUCAAGUCGAUCUACGAACCAAGGAUGAAAUUGAAGGCACUGAUGACCCUAGCGGGGAAGGUUCAGGUGAGAAAGAAGAAGAACUAGACGGAGAAACCAUUGAUGAAAACCAAAGAGACAAAAUAGCUAGACAGAUGGAAGACUACCACACGGGUAUAACAGAUUUCUCAUCAGACAAAGAUUCCAAUGAAGAUACAGAAUCAAACGACUCCUUGUCAACUGAUAGCAAAUCAGACUCAUCUUAUUCAAGUAACAAGAAGAAUAGAAAAAGCAAGCUCAAGUCGAUAAAGUCCCUGGACAAGGCAGUCAAGAAAGCAAUCAAGAUGAGAGAGAAGUUUAACUUGGAAAAGAAAGAUUCAUCCCAAGCUAUGAAGGAAAAGAAAGAUCAUGGGAAAGGCAAAGCAGGAAAGAAGAAGAAAUCAUCCUUGUCAAAAAAGACUAAAGUAUCCAAGCAGAAUGGACUCAAGCUUCAGGCAGGAGUACCUUGUAAAUCACUAUUACCAACCCUCCAAACCUACUGGAAUGAGGCGAUGUUGAAACUCAAUGAGAAAGUUCCAUUAACAGUCCUUAACCCAACCUUUGUACAACACGACCAAGACGAAAGUCACAAGAAUCAAUCUUCCUCGUCAUCAUCUAAGAAGACUCGAAAGAAGUACGAGAAGCUCGCCAAAGAAAGAGCAGGAAAGACUGGCGAAUUGUCCUUUGGAAACACCAAUCCUAAGAGAAGAAGCGUCACAUCUCAGAGCUCAUCACGUCAAAACUCAUCACACCAUCCGUCUCAGCAAAGAGCACCACGUGUAGUCAGAGUACCUAGACUACCAGAAAUAAUAGAAAUGCUACCUCCAGCACAACAAAUCCGACCAAAUGACAAGAGAGAUCAAAGGGGUAGAAAUGGAAUCCGCAGAGGUAGAGGAGGUGGCUCAAGCCAUAGAGGUAGAGCAAACCAACCCAAUCUUCAGUUGUAUAAUUUGAAGAAUGUACAAUUCUUUAACAAUCAGUCUGAUGUAGUUCCCUGA